AUAUUUUAUUAAAUAUUUAAAUACUUCAACUAUUUUUCCUUCAUUUCGCAAGUAUGUCAAACCCGUUCAGAUGUAUUUGCGAUAAAGCACCUGAAAACCUCCCUCCAUUCCUUAAUAAUCACGACACGGCCAUUUUGGUCCUCCGAGCUUUGAAAAAAGACAAAAACAUGCCAGCCCUCGUAUUUGAAUGGAAUUUGGCAGGGUUUAAUGAUGUUGCGACUGCACCAGGACUUCGAAAUGGUGUUGCAAAUCAAGACAAGGCUACAAUUAUCGCAAAUCUUACAGAAAAUGGCGCGACAAAUUAUAAUAACAUAGUAUUUACGUUUCCAAAUGGCAACGCCAUUGGAGCGUGGGUCGAUCAAAUACAUGUAAACAUACCAUGGGCGGAGAACCAGAUGGGUGUCCCAGACGUCAUCGUCUCAGUCACAAGGAUUAAUCGGAUUACCGAAAGAGACACAAAGACACCCUCGAUCGCAUUUGAUCUUGAGAACUUUAGUAAAGUUUUCUUUUAGUAGAACAGACUUUACUAUGUAAUAAUGUAUUAGUUGCUGUUUCCGGCAACAUUU